CCCCUGCUGGUAGCAAGCACAGUGUUGCCGCAUCAGGAGACGUCACAGCUCAGCUAGCGGUUCGAGUGCUCCUUCCUAGGAAAGUGCAAAUAAAUAAUUGAUUGCAAAGAUUGAACCUCCCUGGGGCGGGCUAAACCAGAGAGAAAAUCUUGCUUCUACAUUGAGAGCGAUGAGCAAAGCCCUUUUUUUUUCUAUUGGCUUUGUUAUCUGUGGCCACGUGCGAGUAAACGAGGACUGGGUGCUGGGAGUGGAUCUCUCUGGUCCAACCUUGGGCGUGGCUUCUUUAGACGUAGUGCCUCGCUGGAGCAUUUCCCCCCUCCUUCUUUGCUUUGCUUUCUCCUUUCUUUUUCCUUCGCUCUUUAGUCAGUGAUUCCUUCUUCGACCAGACCUAGUGAGGUCAGCUCCUGAGUUCUACAGCAUUUUCUGAAGACAGCCUGGCCCCGCUUGGUACCUCGCGUGGACGCGUCUAGGGAAACAGCAGCCAGGCAGCUGGCAUCCUGGCUUUAAAGAUAAGGCAGUCGGCGAUGGCGGUGAUUAAGAAGGAAGAUCACCGAGUGAUGAAGUCCUUCAAUCCCUUUUGGGAAUGUGAGUCUAGAUAAACCAUCCGCGGCCGGCCAUGAAUCAGCUACCUGUCGGGGGCGCUGCCCCGGCUGCCUCUGCUGCUGCAGCUGCUGCUGCUGCUGCAGCCGCCACCGCGGAGCCUCGCCUGCAUCCUGAGGGCAGCAGCAGAAAGCAGCAGAGGGCUCAGUCACCGGCCAGACCCCGGGACAGUACAGUUCGACAGACAGCCACUGCCGCCAGGUCCCCGGUCGGGGCGGGCACCAAAAUCAACUCUGCCCGGCAGCAACAGCUUCAGCAGCAGCAGCAGCAGCAGCAGCAACAGCAACAGCAGGGAUCGAAAUCCAAUAGCAGUCGCCUAGUGACUCCCGCUGGCAUCCGGGGAGGCGGCGGCGGCAGUGGCGGUGGUGGUAGCAGCGGCGGAGGAGGAGGAGAAGGAGGGGGAGGAGGAAGGGGAGGAGGGGGAGGAGCAGGGGAAAAGCAGCAGCCUCCUGCAACGCUCAAAGGCGCCCCGCUGGGAGCUGUCCAAACAGGAGGUGGUGCUGAAUCAUCCCUAACCGGUACCCCAACCACAGUGGGGAACCGGAGACCCUGUCCCACUGAGGAGCCGCUUCGGGAUGGGGAAGCUGCGACCCCCAAACCAGCGGAGCAGGCUCAGCUAGGAGGAGGGGGAGGGGGAGGAGGAGGAGCAGGAGCAGGAGGAGGCUCCGGGGAAAGGGAGGGGGGCGCUCUGCAGCCGCCGCCGCCGCCGCCCAGGGGCUGGCGAGGUAAAGCCGGGCGCACGCCACAGAGGGGUGGCAGCAGCGGAGGCGAGGUGGCCUCCUCUUCUCCAUCCUCCUCCUCUUCUACUGGCAAAACCCCGGUCCCCACCAGUAGAAACCCUGGGAGUGUCGUUGCUGGGGGCGGUGGCGGCUACUGGAAAGAGGGAUGUCUGCAGUCUGAGCUCAUCCAGUUUCAUCUCAAGAAGGAGCGGGCGGCGGCGGCAGCAGCAGCAGCAGCUCAAAUGCAAACCAAGAGCAGCAGCAAUAGCAAUAGCAGCUCCCCAGUCGCCACAGCCGCCUCGGAGCCUCUUUCCUCCCCUUCCCCCUCCCCAAUGGCGGCUGCAGCAGAGGGCCUACAGCAGGGGGCAGGGGGCAGCCCAAGCAGCGGGGGGAUGCAGGCGGCUGCUCCGCCCUCGCCACCACCGCCGCAGCAGCUACAGGAACAAGAAGAGAUGCAAGAGGAAAUGGAGAAGCUGCGAGAGGAGAACGAAACCCUCAAGAACGAAAUUGAUGAACUAAGGACCGAAAUGGAUGAGAUGAGGGACAGUUUCUUUGAAGAGGAUGCCUGUCAGCUGCAGGAAAUGCGCCACGAGUUGGAAAGAGCCAACAAAAACUGCCGAAUCCUGCAGUACCGCCUCCGCAAAGCAGAACGCAAGAGACUCCGCUAUGCGCAGACGGGGGAAAUUGAUGGGGAGCUACUGAGAAGCAUGGAGCAAGAUCUCAAGGUUGCAAAGGAUGUCUCAGUGAGACUUCACCAUGAAUUGGAAAAUGUAGAAGAAAAACGUACCACAACAGAAGAUGAAAACGAAAAGUUGAGGCAACAGCUUAUAGAAGUUGAAAUUGCAAAACAGGCUUUACAGAAUGAACUGGAAAAAAUGAAAGAGCUAUCACUGAAAAGAAGAGGAAGUAAAGACUUGCAAAAAUCUGAUAAAAAGUCACAGCAGACUCCCACAGAGGAGGAUAGUGAAGAUCUGAAGUGCCAGCUACAAUUUGUCAAGGAAGAAGCUGCUUUGAUGAGAAAGAAAAUGGCGAAGAUCGAUAAAGAGAAGGACAGAUUCGAGCAUGAGCUACAAAAAUACCGGUCAUUUUAUGGAGACUUGGACAGUCCUUUGCCCAAAGGGGAAGCUGGAGGACCUCCCACCACGAGGGAGGCUGAGCUCAAACUUCGUCUGAGAUUGGUGGAAGAAGAAGCCAACAUUUUGGGAAGGAAAAUAGUGGAACUGGAGGUAGAGAACAGAGGCUUGAAAGCUGAACUUGAUGAUUUGAGGGGAGAUGACUUCAAUGGUUCAGCUAAUCCCCUCAUGAGAGAGCAGAGUGAAUCCCUCUCUGAGUUAAGGCAACACCUGCAGCUAGUAGAAGAUGAGACAGAAUUGCUCAGAAGGAACUUGGCUGACCUAGAGGAACAGAACAAAAGGAUCACAACAGAACUGAAUAAGUACAAGUACAAGUCUGGGGCCCAUGAGAGCUCAAGGCACCAUGACAGCGCCAAGACUGAAGCCCUCCAGGAGGAGUUGAAGGCUGCCCGUAUGCAGAUCAAUGAACUCAGUGGCAAGGUCAUGCAGUUGCAGUAUGAAAACCGGGUACUUAUGUCCAACAUGCAGCGUUAUGACUUGGCCUCCCACCUGGGGAUUCGGGGUAGCCCCAGGGAUAGUGAUGCUGAAAGUGAUGCUGGAAAGAAAGAAAGUGAUGAUGACUCCCGUCCACCACACCGCAAAAGGGAAGGGCCCAUUGGCGGAGAGAGUGACUCAGAGGAGGUCCGUAAUAUCCGAUGCCUCACCCCAACCAGAUCCUUCUACCCGACCCCAACCACCUGGCAAAAAAACUUCACAGACCGGCAGCAAAUGAAAGACAUCCGCUCAGAAGCAGAGCGUCUGGGAAAGACAAUAGACCGGCUGAUCUCAGACACUAGUACCAUCAUCACUGAGGCGAGAAUUUAUGUGGCCAAUGGGGAUCUAUUUGGACUGAUGGAUGAAGAAGAUGAUGGCAGCAGGAUCCGGGAGCAUGAACUGCUUUACCGGAUAAAUGCACAGAUGAAGGCAUUUCGGAAAGAACUCCAGACUUUCAUCGACAGGCUAGAAGUUCCAAAGUCAUCAGAUGACAGAAGUGCAGAUGAGCCAUUGUCUGUUAGUCAGAUGUUCCAGCCUAUCAUUUUACUUAUUCUCAUUCUUGUAUUAUUUUCAUCACUUUCUUACACAACAAUAUUUAAACUUGUCUUUCUUUUUACACUGUUUUUUGUACUGUAAGCUUUUCAUCAUUUACUGUUCAUU